UCACAGACGGCUCUGACCCUAUCUCCAGUGCUUUGUGGAUCUGUUAGAGGAUUCCAUUUUUUUAAAACUCAUUUUCUUUUAAAGAAGAAAAAAAAAAAAGAAGCCUGUUGCUUGCAGCUUAGUAAAUGUGCUCUCUGUGGUCAUGUGGAGGAAAGUUCUGGCACCCUGAUCUAGUGAACCGGAAGGUGGGAGUCAAUCAUUUUGACAAGUCUCCUGAAAGGAACAGCUAGCAGGAGCUGAAACCUUUUUCCACUUGGUUUCAUGGCAAAGACAGAGAUCACUCCAGCAGCUCCACACAAUAUGAUGUGCUCACUGGUGUCCUCUGGUCAGUCUUCUGGUGCCUCUUUCUUACCUAAAGACAGUGCCCCAUUUUCUUGGGGUUCUUUGGAUGAGGACAUAUUGGAUGACUCCUUGCUGGAGCUGUCUGAUGGAGAAGAAGAUGAUGGCCAUUACAGUUACACAGAGGAGGAGAUCGAGGAGCUCUUGAAGAUUGAUGAGCCAUCAGAAGAUCAUUCUUCUUGGGAAGGAGGUUUGUGUAAAGAUGAGAGCAGGCAUGAUGAAAAGGGAGAAAGAGGGAGUCAAAUUCUACUUGAUACUCCCCAAGAGAAAAAUUUAUUGUACAGCUUGGGACCAGUAGCUGAGACCUCUGAUUUUAAACUACCUCAACUAAGUACAUCAGUUGGCCAUGGACCAACUCCCACUAAACCAUUAAAUAGACGCUCUGCUGUAGAAAAGAAUCUUAUAAAAGUAACUGUUGCACCAUUUAAUCCAACAGUUUGUGAUGCUGUGCUUGAUAAGGACCAAACUGAUUCAUCCAAAGAUACUGAAAAUUCCUCCUCCCUUGGGGAAAAGUUGAGAGAAGAUGGUCUUAGCUCAAAUGAGAACAGAUUUUGCACUGACUCUGAAGGGAUCAGCCCCAGUAACUCUGCUUGGGAAAGACCCUCACUCACCUCUACUUCAAACAAUACUUUUCAACAAACUGUCUCUGAUAAAGCUAUGCCUAACAGCAAGAAACCUGCACCUGCAUUCUCUCAGAUCUCAGACCAUUCAGAAACUCCUAAUGUUGGAUCAUCCUGGAGAAAUGGUGGAUCACAUGAAUCAAGUGGUGAAAUGAAGUUUCCGGUUUCCAGUUCAGCAAACAAAGAUGUUCUUGACAAGGAUUCUGGGAAGAUGAAAGGCAGUGAGAGAAGACUAGGCAAAGUCAUUCCUGUUCUACAGACCAAAACCAGGACUAAUGUUCCGACAUUUUCACAAUCAAAUCUAGAACAGCAGAAGCAAAUUUAUCUCAGGAGUGUCAUUGCUCAUAUAGAAGACCCAGAGGACUCUAACCAAGGUCCCUGGCAGGAGCUAUAUACCUUUAUGGAAGUUCAUCAUAUGCAGAACCCAAAAUGGCAGCACCCUUCAGACCUCACCAUGCGAAACUACGCUCGCCGACAGAAACCUCUGCAAAGAUACAGUCUCACUCAGUGGGUUGACAGGAACAUGCGAAGCCACCAUCGGUUCCAGCGUCUUCCAAACUUCUCGUACAAUCCAUAUGUCUCAUCCCAUCAGCAGUGAAGGUCUCUAUCCAGGGUCCUGUCCAGAGCAGCAUCUCAUUUUCUUCCGCUGUUUUGUGCUUCGUAGAUUUUGAAUUUUAUUUUUUACAAGAUUUUUAUUUAAAACUUGUCACCUUUUGGAAAUGUCCAUUGCUGACUUGAAUUUUUUGGUAUGAGGUUUCUCCUGAUUUUAUGUGUGUCUUUGUUAAAGCAGUGUUAAGUUGAUAUUAUUUUUUUGUUAUUUAAAUUGAAGGUGACUGCUUCUUGAAAUCCAGCAUUAAGCCAAAAACACUGAAGCUCAAGCAUAACACCCACCUCUCUGCAGAGGUGAAGUGUACUUGCAGUGCCCAAAAGAAGUCUUCUUUUAAUCUCCUGUAAAGAGGAGAUUCUUUACCAGGCUGUGAGCCAGUGUUAUUACUGAUGAGUUAUGAAUUGAUAUAAGUCACUUUUAACAACGCAGCUUACUUUUUAUUUGACUCUCUGAAUAUCCUUCCGUAUUUUAAAAAUCCAGGACAUUUGGAGUAAGAGAAAAAUUCUGUUGGAAGAACUAAUUAAAAGUGUAAUUCCUCUCCUCUUCUUUCUGUACUACUAGCUGCCUUUAUUUAUUUUUGGCUUUUUUUCAUUCCUCAUUAAACUUAUUUUGCACAUUAGCGUUUACAAAUCUUAGACAUCUUAACUCUGACAGAAGACUUAUAACUAACCCCUGUUGAGUACCUUGUGGUCUUGUGUUGUCUCCUUUGCCCUUCAAGGAUUCUUACCCCACCCUUCCAGCUCACGAUCACUGUGCUCCUUAGGGUUUUGUUGUCAGCAUUCCUGUAUGCUGUUAGACAUGGAUAUACCUGUUUAUUGAAGAGCUGCUUAGAGUCUUGACUCUAGGACAGACCAUUGCCAUUGUGUUGUUAGUUGGUCUUCAGUUUAAUCUACUGAAUCCCAGCUUUAGGCAUGGGUUUGAUAUUUGAAGUAAUAAAUGUAGGUGUUGGAGAGCCUUCAUCCUGUGAGAGAAACUUUGGAGGGGCACUCUUUUGUCUCUAUUAUUAGUUAACAAAAGGUGCCUUUAGACCCCGGAUGUUACCAUGUUGUUUGGUCAAGCCCCUGAUACAUAAUUUCAUGUAAUUGUUAAAGUAGAUUUAAUACAGUUGGGACUAAGCCUAUGUACAAAGGCAUUAUUUCGUCUUAAGGGUUGUUAUCUAACCAAAGUUGACAGACUGUGCACCUGUCUUAAUGGAUGUCUUAGGAGCUUGUUACUCUGUUUAAGGAUAGCUCUAGACAUCAUUUUGGAAAGUUGCAGUCUGGCAUUGUGCUACUGCUCAUUCUCUGAAGUUGUUUGUAAUUGCUGUAGCCUCUGUCUGGUUUUAUAGUUUCAUCAACCCCAUCUUUGUAUGUGGUAACUCAUCUUAAACAUCCUAUUCCACGUUCGAAACUGACUUGGGAAUAGCUUGGUCAUUCAGACCACCUGUAAAUGUGGAUGGAUGUCCCUAAGUAUUUACUGUUUAUCUAGCCAAGGAUUCUCUUUUUCUUUAGAUAACUGUUUUAGAUUCUGGGACCAAAGUGCAAAGGAGUUCUAUUCAAAGGCAGUAGUCAAAAUACUAUUAUUUUAGUUGAUAUAAUUGGUAUUUACUAUGUUGGUCAGUUUUCCAGGCUGCCCUAAAUUAGCUUAGAAUGAGACAUGCCAAACAUCUACCUUUGGGACCAUAACAUGGUUAAAAUUAAAUCAAGCUGGAAUAGCUAGCAUUGCAGCUGUCAAGUUCCCCACAGAUAUCCCAAGGAAUUAAAGGGAUAGCAUUUUACUAAGGCAAAAUUCUAAGACUCGAGUUCCUGCCCUUCUGGUACAGGGGCGUUUAAUACUGAAUGUGUAACAGGAGCACUGCCUUUGCCAAAUCAAAUGAGUGACAGGUUAACUAGAAAAUGUGACAAUCACAUUUCCUCUUAGCUCAAAUAAUUUUGUUUUUCCAAAGCUUUAGCAGCUUAAUUAAAUCUGUUGGACUGGGGGAGGAGAGAGCUGUUCUCUAGUGGUUAACAUGGUAAGAAGAAAAAACAAAGCCAAAGAAAAUGCAUUAUCUGGCUUAUUCACCUUAAAGAUGGUAGUGGAUAGAACCUGGGGUUUUAAUUACUUUUCAGAGCUGCCUAUCUAAAUAUUUGAUGUUGCCCUCUUAGUAUUUCAGGUUGAAUUUUUGCUGUAUUUUUUACUUGAGUAAGGGUUAUAUGCAUUUAACUGUCCACCUAGCUUUUUUCAUCCGUGCUGACAUUCUCUCACCACAGGGGUCUUGACAAAGCAGAGUAAAAAUGUUCUGUUUACAUAGUUUAUUUGUAAGUAAGGAGCCUGAAAUUUGUAGUUUUGCAUUUAAUGUAGGCCCUGAUUUAAUUGUAUUGUUGUCAGGAUCAAUUAUGAAACUGAUGUUUGGUGCCUCCUCUUUAUCAUGUUUUUUCCCUUGUAGCAGUUGUAUUUAAUGUCAUUAAAAAGAAAUAAAGUUCUGUCAGUGGCAUA